CUUUUGUAAUAGCAGCGGGAGAUAAGAGACAGAAUGGAGGAUAUCGAACAGUUUUUCCAAGACUCGCAUUACAAUAUCAUUCGGAUACUAUUAAAUAUUAGUGGUCUAUGGCCUUUUCAGACGCGAAGCAGACGCUACGCGAUAUAUCUCACAAUGAUGCUAGUACUCGGAUCUGGCUUUAUAUUCCAGAUGUUGGGUACAAUUGAAGUCAGACACAAUUCCUUUGAAAUGAUUGAUACAGUGCCAUUGUUAUUUUUCGCCGUAGUGACCAUAAGCAAAACAUUUAGUAUAAUAUAUACGUUACCAAAGAUAAAAAUACUUCUAAUCAAGAUGCGAGAGCACUAUCUUUCUCCCAAGUCGAUUGAGGAAGUUAAGAUACAGAAUUUGCACGCGCAAUACGGACGAAAGUUGGGCUUCAGUUAUACGGGUUUUCUACUAGGCCACAGUGUACUCUAUCAACUUUUGACGCUCUUGGUGAGACUUUUCCACACAUUGAAGUCAAAAGAGGGUGAUGAGGUGUCAAAUACAGCGCAAAUAGGAUUACCUCAUCGCGUCAAUUACAUGGUUGAUUUAGACAAAUAUUACGUUCCAAUUUUUAUACACAGUGCUAUAUGCGAUUUUUCUUACACAUUCUUACUAGUUGUAUAUGAUGUUCUAUAUCUAACUGCAGUUGAAUUCUGCUGCGGUUUGUUCGCGGCUUUAAGAUAUCGAUUGGAAACCGCGUUAAUUUUCAAAAACGAUAGAUUGACGACUACGAAAGAUAAAUGUUAUGCGAAUAUCGUGUACAGUAUUCGCAGACACACAGAAACGAUGCAAUUUGUCGCCGUUGUGGAAUCAAUAUACAGCUUACCUCUGUUUAUACAUGUUGGAUUAACCGUACUUAUAUUAAGUGUCUUGGGAUAUCAGAUAAUAAACAACACGGAAAACAUUAGCGGUCUUGUAAAACCGGUUGCUUAUUUAAAUGGACUUUUAAUUAACAUAUUCUUCGAAAACUGGCAGGGUCAGAAAAUUAUAGAUUCUAGCGAAAAAGUAUUUGAAUCCGCGUAUAAUGCAGAAUGGUACAAUAUGCCCAUAGCGGCGAGAAAGCUUCUCAUAAUGAUGAUGAUGAAAAGUGAAAAACCAUUGAUGUUAAGAAUGGGUAAAAUCGUUGUAUUGUCAUAUAUAACUUUCAAUACGGUUUUACGUACGGCAUCGUCAUACUUUAUGCUACUACGAUCUCUGUAAUAAAAAUUUUGAACGUAAAUAGUAAUAUUUAUAU